UACAACACUCGACAGAGAAAUUUGACAAGGACUCGUACAAUACAAUAGCGCUAGUCCUCGUGCUACGCUACAGUACUCGGAAUUGGCUCUCGUUGUCGAGAGAGUGGAGACUGCUUGUGUAAAAAAAAGCUAGCCUUUGCUAGCCUUUGCUAGCCUUUGCCUUUGUCUAUUUGGUUUUCGCAACCAGUGUGUCCUUGUGGUGUCGGCUUGAGCGCAGAUUUUCCGCCGCUACAUCUUUUGAAACGGUUCGUGCGGUCCCUCCCAAUCUAGCUCGCCCGCGCGAGCCAGCGGGUACAAUGGAGACUGAAGAGAAACUAGACCUGCGGUCCAGCGAAGGAGACUGCGUCUUGUGCUCUGUGACCGAGGCUGAAGUAAGCCUGGAUGAAAUGCUAAGCCUGGCGUGUCGGCAAGGCAAGCAGGACAUCGUGGAGCUUCUUCUGGAGAGCGGUGCUCUUGUGAAUCACCGAAACAAGGCAGGGAAUACUCCUCUGCUCGAAGCAUGCAGCCAGGGUCAUGUAGACGUGGCCAGGCUGCUUUUGGACCGAGGUUCUGUGAUCGAUGCUCCAACGGAAUCGACGUCAGAUAGCGCCCUAACUUGGGCGUGCACGCUUGGAAACGACCUAAUCGUACAUUUGCUUUUGACUCGCGGAGCAAACGUUGAGCACAGGACCAAAGAUGGUUGCACCGCCCUGAUGUUCGCUGCGUUGGCCGGACACGUGCAAGUGGCUGAGCUACUGUUGGACCACGGCGCUGAGAUCAACGUGCAGUCCGACUCGAACAAGGACAGCCCGCUUACGUUUGCCUGCUGGAAGGGCCAUCAUGAUGUUGUUGAGUCGUUGCUGAAUCGCAGCGCACAUAUUGAGCAUCGCACGAAAGAGGGCUUCACCCCUUUGAUGUUUGCUGCACUCGGCGGUCACACCGCCGUCGCCGAUCUGCUGCUGGUGCAAGGUGCCAAGGUGAAUGUGCCGUCCGGUUCCAACAACGAUAUCCCGCUGACAUCUGCGUGCUGGAAAGGCCACCACUCGGUCGUCAAGUCGCUCAUCGAAUAUGAAAGCAACUUGGAGCACCGCACCAAGGAUGGCUGCACGCCGCUGAUGUUAGCGGCACGCGAGGGUCACUUGAGCGUGGCAAUGCUGAUACUGGAGCGCGGCGCCAAGUUGAACAGCCCGUCCGGCAGCGAGAACAACAUUCCACUGACGCUGGCUUGCUGGAAAGGCCACUGCGAAGUGGUGGAGUUGCUGCUGCAUCACGACAGCGAUCUCGAGCACCACAACAAAGCUGGCUGCACACCGCUGAUGCUGGCAGCCCGAGAGGGCCACGUUGAGGCAACUGAGUUGCUGCUCGAACAUGGCGCCGAGAUCAAUGUCCCGUCCGGUUCAAACGACGACACUCCGUUAACGUUAGCAUCGUGGAAGGGACAUGCGGAAGUCGUGGAGCUGCUGCUGUCCAAUAAGUCCAAUGUGGACCACCAGACCAAGACUGGCUGUACACCGCUCAUGGAGGCUACGCGGGAAGGACAUGCACUCGUAGCUCAGUUGCUGCUUGAGUAUGGUGCUGAGGUUGAGACUCCUGACAAUUACGGCCAGUCACCGUUGUUUAUGGCUUGCUGGAAAGGGCACGCGCGUGUCGCCCGCCUUCUGCUCGAACUCAAUGCAAACCGCGACUGUCGUACCAAGACUGGUAUCACACCACUCUUUCAGGCGUGUCGCGAGAACCACAUUGAAGUUGUACGUCUGCUCCUGGAGUACGGCUGCUCUGUCAACUCGCCGUUCCCGAACAGCAGCAAAGAGAAUCCGUUGACGUUGGCGUCGGAGAAGGGCCACGUGGACCUGGUGAAGCUGCUGCUUGAGCGCGGUGGGAAUGUUGAAGUGCGCACAAAGAAGGGAGCCUCACCGUUCUUCUUGGCAUGUCGCGAGGGUCACAUGGGAAUCGCCAUCAUGCUAUAUGAAAAGAGAGCCGAUACGGAAGUGCCGGAUUCACGCAGCGUCACGCCUUUGCUUGCGUCUUUCCGCAAUGGUCAUGUUAAAGUGGUUGAGUGGCUCCUUAACUAUGUCAAGGCGUUCCCGAGUGACGACGAUUGUUCGAAAGCCCUGUCGGCCCCUUGUCCACCUGAUUCGAAAAUGGAUGAGAUCAGGACAUUGCGGGAGCAAUGUACUGAGUUGAUCAUGGCAGCCAAAGCGAAGAAGACGCACGCAGCAGAACGGUGUGCCGAGCUGCUGUUUAAUGAGCUUGAUGCCGAGAAAGCAUCCAAGGAGACCAAGCGGCAGGCAGCCAUUCGGAAGCGCGACAAGCGGAAGAAGCGCAAACGCGAGCAACAGGAAGAGGAGGCUCGCAAGGAGUUGGAGGCCAAGGAACAGGAGGAAGCUAGUCAGCAAGAAGCCGUCAUCGAGAGGACGGUGGCCGCCACCACUCUUCGUUUGACAGCCAGCCCGGAAAGCAUCCUAUCGGCGCUGAAGUUCCUGACAGCGACACCAUCAGCGCCCACGACCACCACGAUAUCGACCAGCAGCUCCUCCUCACGACAGGCGAGCAGCACUCGCGAACGGCGCAAUCUCGGCGUUGAUGAUGUUGUUGCAGCUGCCGCUGCAGGUGUUAGCGUCAUUAGCCCCGCGCGAAAAGCUAGCGUACCGGCAGCAGAACGCGACCGAACAAGCCAGCAAUCGAGCACCGACUUAUCCGCUAGCGACGACGAUCGCAACCGGAAGAAUAGACGGCGGCGCAAAGUCAAGACUCCGACCACCACCGCUCUUACUGGUCCGUUCUCGGCCAUAGCGUUAGCAGCAAAACCCCUGCAGCUCACAGCCCUCUUGUCGAGCACGCAGGCCUCGUCGAAAUCGUCCUCGUCGUCCGUGACCGGGGAUUCCGCACGUCACCACGGCAACGCAAGCAGCCAGCCCUGGCCGCCCCGGUCCGACACGCCCGGUGAAGCGCGCAGCAAGACUGGGACCAAAUCGUCAUCCAGUGUCAUCGCUGCUGCGUCUGCCGGAGCAGCAGCUAGACCUGGCAGUAGCGGUAGUGCCAGCUCCUCAUCUUUCGACGGGAGCGGUAGCAGUGGGGAAACCACGACGACGACUAGUGUGAUCAAUGUAGAAGACGUCCGGGUGAAAGCAGCCGCUAUGUCUCUGUCGGCGCAGCGCUCCGCACGCACCCCGCCGCGCGCUCCGAACCCGCGCGCUCGCACCACCGCCGAGACGUCCCAUCAGCAGUCGACGGCCCAGAGCAAUGCGUCGCGCCUCAGCUCGGGGAGCGAUACGGCCGUCGUGUACAGCAGUCGCUCCUCUGCUUCGUCAAGUCGCGCCGGUGUUGCAUCCACGGCUGGAGCUCAGGGUAGCUCCGGCUCGGCAAGCACUGCAGGCGCUUCGUCAUCGCUAGCGGCCGCGACCAGUGCCGUCAGCUCAGUGCGCUCUUCCGCUGGUGUUAGCACAUCAUCCCAGAGUGUUGCCGAGUCGUUGUCCGGAGAGAAUUCAGCUCGAGACGUAGGUCCUGCUGCGUACAUGGAGGAUGACCUGGACUGGUUUGAAUCCUCCACGUCAACUUCGGUGAGAACUCUCUAAGCUUUAUCAACCGAUACUGUAGGGCUUAAUAUGGCUGGACUUUUAACUUAGAUCUGCACUCGUCCCUCUUUAAUCCAACACUUUAAAAACCAGCACCCCCUAUGAAGAUGCAUAAUUUCCAGCAACCAGAGUAUCCUGUUCAUGCACAGUGCAGCAGUAAAUCAGAUCUUCUAAUCCAGCACCCUCCCUAACCCAGCACCCUCCCUAACCCAGCACCCUCCCUAAUCCAGCACCAUCCCUAAUCCAGCACCCUCCCUAAUCCAGCACCCUCCCUAAUCCAGCACCCUCCCUAAUCCAGCACCCUCCCUAAUCCAGCACCCUCCCUAAUCCAG